CUGCACACAAACACACACGCGUGGAAGCAUGUCCGCACACGUCCGCCGAACCCAUGGGCCCGGCGGCGUUCGAAAGGAAGAAGCAUCGCGAAAGCACGAAGACCCACCAACACUCCGCGGGCAAUGUGCGGUGCGGUGCUGUAGUGUAGUCUAAAUGAGCUAUCCUCGUACGCGACCGUCGUCAGUAACCAGUGAGUUGCCCAACGGAACGGAAACCAACAUCGGACUACUACCGAUACACAGCGGGGUACAAACCCAGUUCCACCGAGCGUUUACCGUCUUGCUUGACACAGUUUGACCUUGUCACAAGUGGAAGAGGAUCUUCAAGUUAAUUGAGGAAAAAACGUUCACGUUUAGACAACAAAAGUUGGUGAUCAGAAAACAAACGAAUUGAUUGUGUAGUAGAGUACUCAACAACACACAAAACAGAGGCUCAUCAUGGGUGUUCAGGAUCUGCAGGAUCAUGUGCUGGUGCAGUGCGACUUCGAAAUCUUCGGUCAGGUGCAAGGCUGUGGCUUCACCAAGUGCUGCCGAGACAACUGUCUGGCGCUGGGCAUUAAAGGAUGGGUGAAAAACUCCAAGCAGGGCACCAUCAUGGGCAAGAUGCAGGGCGCCAAGGGCGAUGUCGGUAAAAUGGUCGAUUGGCUUUCCAAAACCGGUUCGCCCGGGUGCAAAAUCGAUAAGGCAGAGUUCACCAACUGGGGCACCUGUUCGCGGUUGGCGUUUACGGACUUUGCGAUUAGAUUUUAAGUUACGCACCCGCCGCCGCGUGGGACACUAAGCCUUAAGCAGUGAUGUAUUCUAUUUUAAUUUUUGGAUAAUUACGCUACGAUAGACGUGCUUGGACAGGAAUGCGUCUUUCGCACAGAGAAAGCGAAGCGAUUCUCAUGUGCAUAGGAAGCUAUUUAGAUGAUAUUAUUGUUGUAUGUGUUUUUGUUUGAAUGUAUGUUUGGUGGGGUUUCGGUUGGUAGAACCGCGAUCUGCAUCUGCACUGUAUUCGAGUUACCGGUAUGGGAAGAGCGAGACUUAAAUUGACAGCGGAUGCCGGUUAUAGCUAGUGUAGGAACAGAGCAGAACAAAAAUGGUACUGAAUGCGGAAGGAAGCAAUCCGUUUCCGGUUCGCGAUACACUUCCCCGGUUCCAUGUGCAUGUACUUACGCCACGCGACAAGCCAAUUCACGCAACGCCUGAAAAGCAGAAGAAGAAUACACAGACAUUAUACAGACAGAAAGACAGACACACACUCGCACACAUUGCAUGCAGUUUAUCAUCCCGCAAAGGAACGAACUCUUCGGCGAUAGGUUAAGAAUAUUUAUACGGAACUGUAAAUACUGUGAAUUAGGAACGUUGAACGGUGGAGGAGAGCAAUAAAGCGUCAAUCUAACCUGUGAA